AUGCCAACACCCGAACCUGAUUCGCAUGUCGAUCAACCUACAAAAUCGGACUUCCGUGUUCCUGAUGAAGCUGAGCGUUUGACUCGCCCAACAAAGCGGCAAACCCUCAGGGAGAUUAGACGGAUCGCAAGCAAGCUCGACACGCAUCCGGAAACAACUCAGUAUCUUUUGAUUAUUGACGUGAGCGAUGACCUACGCGAUUACCUUCUGAAUGAUAAAAUCGGCGGAGCGCGACUCACUGUCGACGAUCACGACAUACUACUUAGGAUCAUGCCUAGCCGACAGCACGGCAGCGUUGUUGCGGAUUUUGCAAUUUUCUUCGGGGCCGCAAUGACUCGCGCGAGUUUGCCACAUGGCGUGGCUGGAAAGCGACUGGCGCUGCACAGUGCAAGGGGUUCUGCUGCGGAAAGCAACCGGAUUUUACCUUAUUGGGUGGAUGUUGAACUGUGGUCAGCGCCUGGCGGUACACGACCGGGCCUACCUAUAAGCCAGAGCGCCACUCCUGGCCCAGACCAUCCUAAGUUGUUCAAACCGCGUACAGAAAUAAAAAUUACGCAAGCACUCCGAGUCACAGGGGGUGCAGUCACACUAGUCAAGGGUCCGGGCCUGGAUAUUAACCUAGACUAUGAGCUGCUUAUGCGGGAAGACCGACCAACUGGACAAGCAGACAUCGUCAUUACGCAACAGAUGCUGCAAAGGAUUUGUGAAGAAGUCCAGUAA